AUGUACAAUAAUCAAUUAAUAUUGAUAUGUCGUGCACAUCAAUUAGUACAAGGUAUUAAAUUUAUGUUUAAUGAUCGUUUGGUUACAGUAUGGUCAGCACCAAAUUAUUGCUAUCAUUGUGGAAAUAUAGCUGGUAUAUUGACAUUUCACAUUGCUACAAACUAUGAAGUAAAAUUGUUCUCGGCUGUAUCUGGUCUAGAAGAACGAUUACGUGCUCAAAACAAAAAUCGUUCGAAAAAAAAUAACACAUUUAAAGAUGAUAAGAUAUGUACUCAUACAGAUGCAAAUGGUAUAUUGUACAAAAUAGGUGAUCAUGUUUAUCUUGAAACAAAUAAACAAAAUCAACCGUAUGCAAUUGGUUGUAUUCUUGAUUUUCGUGUUACAAGAAAAGAUAAUGUUAUGCUUGAAGUAAAAUGGUAUUUUCGACCAAAUGAAUUGCCUGAUACAGUUUAUGCUUUAUUAAUGCAAGAUCGUAACAAUGAAUUUAGUAUGUAG